AUGGCUUCAUCAAUUGAGACCUCGAAAAUUAGUGGCCAUUUCCGAUCAAUCGGCUUGCCUUCUAGGAGCCACCCUCUCACGACAACCGCAGAGGAGCAUUUGUCCAGGCUCAGAUCAUCAGAAGCGGCGUCGUCGUCCUCAUCGGCAUCCCAAAUUUUGGGAGAACUCAAGAGCUUGUAUGACUGCAUCGAUGACUUGCUUCAGUUGCCUCUCACCCAACAGGUUCUUUCCCACCUGAGAAGUCCCGCCGAAGAGUCGUUGGACCUUUCUCUCAUGCACUUAGAUGUUUGCGGGAAUGCGAGGGAAGCUUUCUCACAGACGAAGGAAUGUAUCCAGGAGCUCAAAUCAUCUUUGAGAAGAAGGAUAGGGGGAGAUUCCAGCUUCGUCGUAGAGAAGGAAGGCUCUAAGAAGGCCUCUCACAAUGAAGCUACCCUCAGCAUACUAACUGAAGCUGGAGAGAUCAGCGUUUCCGUAUUCGGGUCCCUCUUAGGUUUCCUUGCUCUGACAAGUGCAAGCACCAAGCCUAGAGGCUGGUCCCGAGUGUCGAAACUGCUGGGACCUAAACGCGUAUCAUGUGACGGAGGAAAGGAAACCAAUGAAGUGCAAGGCUUGGAUGCCCUCGUGCUCUCCCUCAGAUCGAGCAAAGACAUCAAUAAUCAAGUAGGCGAUCUGUCAAAGCGAUUGGAGGAACUAGAGGCGAGCAUUCAAGAAAUUGAGGAUGAGUUGGAAUGCAUUUUCAGGCGCCUGGUGAAAUUGAGGGUUUCCCUUCUCAACAUUGUUAACCACUAG